GAGAACGCAGCGCUACGGUGCGCCUGCAUUGCACUAAAAGGAAGCUGUCGAGAACUUCAGAAGGCUGGGGUGAUAGAGCCGCUUAUUGGGCUACUUAAAAGAGGAACCGACGAGCAGAAGGUGGGCGCACUGCGGACGCUUGGUAACCUAGCUCGUGCAAAUGACGCUAAUGGGGUGGAGAUCGCUCGCGCGGGUGGUAUCGCUCCACUGGUAGAGAUCCUUCGAAACGGAGCAGACCAAGAAAAAGAGCAAGCAGCUAUUACACUGGGAAUUCUGUCCAGCAACGAUAACGGCACCAUUCGCAUCGAAAUCGUACGGGAGCGAGGCGUUCUGGCAUUGAUCGGGCUACUACGUUCCGGAACGGAUGCGCAAAAGGAUUCGACUCUUGUGGAUCUUCUUCGAACUGGGACAAACAACCAGAUAUGCAAUGCUGCGAACGCGCUGGGGAACCUUGCAGCUAACAGCGCCAAUGGGGUCGAGAUUGCUCGUGAGGGGGCCAUUCCGCUGCUCAUAUCACUCGUCCGAGUUGGAACGAACCUUCAAAAGUACUAUGCUUCGCACGCCCUCGCAGGACUUGCAUGCCAUAGUGAUGACGCCGCCAAACUAGCACGUGAUGACGCUAUUCCGCUGCUAGUUUCUCUCGUCGAGACUGGCAUAGAAGCCCAGAAGUUUUAUGCGGCGUUGGCGUUGGGGACACUUGCUGAAGAUAUCGAGAACAGCACUUUGAUUGCCGCAGAAGGAGCAAUUCCUCUAUAUUUGGUCCGCGACGGAGACGAAGAUGAAAAGGAACAUGCAGCGUAUGCGUUGGCACAGCUCGCAAACAGUGCUACAAACGGCCCCUUGAUCGUCGCCUCUUGUUGCUCUUGUAAGAGAAGGAAGUGA